AUGGUGAAUUUGGUACAUCCUACAGAAAUCCUAAAUGGAGGUGUUUAUGUUGACCAAAACAAGUUCUUGUGCCAUGCGGACACAAUCCAUUGGCAAGAUAUCGUCAAGUACCCAAGGAUCCAACCUGUGGUGGUGCCCACCAACAGCAGUGUCACAUGUCAAAAAUGCCACCGUUCCUGCAAUGGCCGUUGCUGGGGACCCAAAGAGGACCAGUGCCAAAGCUUAACUAAGACAGUGUGUGCGGAGCAGUGUGACGGCCGUUGCUUUGGUCCCUUUGUUAGUGACUGCUGCCACCGUGAGUGUGCAGGUGGCUGUUAUGGCCCAAAGGACACAGACUGCUUUGCCUGCACCAACUUUAAUGACAGUGGGGCAUGUGUGACCCAGUGCCCUCAGCCAUUUGUCUAUAACCCUACCACCUUCCAGCUGGAGCAUAACCCUAGGGCAAAGUACACCUAUGGAGCUUUCUGCGUCAAGAAGUGUCCACAUAACUUUGUGGUAGACCACAGCUCCUGUGUGAGAGCAUGCCCCAGUAACAAGAUGGAGGUGGAGGAGAAUCGCAUUAAGAUGUGCAUCCCUUGUACUGACAUCUGUCCAAAAGCAUGUGAUGGGAUAGGCACAGCAAGCCUACAGACUGCUCAGACAGUGGACUCCAACAACAUUGACAAGUUUGUCAACUGCACCAAAAUCAAUGGCAACCUGGUGUUCCUCAUUACUGGAAUCAAAGGGGAUGUCUAUCAUAACAUUGAAGCGUUGGACCCGGAAAAACUCAACGUGUUCCGCACCGUUCGGGAAAUUACAGGUUUUCUAAACAUUCAGUCAUGGCCUGACAACAUGACAGACUUGGGUGUUUUCUCCAACCUGGCUACUAUUGGGGGAAGAGCAUUGUACAGUGGGAUCUCUCUGCUGGUGUUGAAGCAGCCGGGGAUCACAUCACUUCAGCUUCAGUCUCUGAGAGAGAUCAGUGCUGGGAAUGUCCACAUUGCAGAGAACAGCCAGCUUUGCUACUAUAACACCGUCAAUUGGACAAGACUGUUCCGUACUACAAACCAAAAGGUUCUUAUUCGCAACAACCGAAGUCCACAGGAAUGCUCCAAGGAGCACAUGGUGUGUGACCCACUGUGUUCAGAUGCUGGAUGUUGGGGUCCCGGCCCAGACCAAUGCCUGUCCUGUCGAUAUUUCAGUCGUGGACGAACGUGUGUAGAAUCCUGCAAUCUCUAUGAGGGGGAUAUUCGAGAAUAUGCCAAUGGGUCAGUGUGCGUAGAGUGUGAUGCCCAGUGUGAAAGAGCUGACGGUGACUCUUUGACCUGUCUUGGGCCGGGCCCAGAGCAUUGUGUGAAAUGCCUUCAUUUCAAAGACGGUCCAAACUGUGUGGAAAAGUGUCCCGAUGGCCUGCAAGGUGCCAACAGCUUCAUCUUCAAGUAUGCUGAAGCCAACAACGAAUGCCACCCCUGCCAUGCUAACUGCACCCAAGGGUGCAUUGGACCGAGACUUCAAGACUGCAUCGGCUGGAUGGACAGAACCCCUCUGAUUGCAGCAGGCGUAAUCGGAGGACUCUUCAUGGUGGUGAUCAUGGUACUCAGUGUAGCAGUGUCUGUGCGACGGAAGAACAUUAAGAAAAAGAGGGCCCUUCGCCGCUUCCUGGAGACAGAGUUGGUGGAACCUUUAACACCCAGUGGAACGGCACCCAAUCAAGCCCAGCUUCGCAUCCUGAAAGAAACAGAACUCAAAAGAGUCAAGAUCCUCGGCUCCGGAGCUUUUGGAACUGUUUACAAGGGUAUCUGGGUCCCAGAGGGGGAAACUGUGAAAAUCCCUGUUGCCAUUAAAAUCCUAAAUGAGGCCACAGGACCCAAGGCUAAUGUGGAAUUCAUGGAUGAGGCUCUGAUCAUGGCUAGCAUGGAGCACCCGCACCUGGUCCGACUGCUGGGUGUCUGCUUGAGUCCGACAAUCCAGCUGGUCACACAGCUGAUGCCUCACGGAUGCCUGCUCGACUAUGUCCACGAGCACAAAGACAACAUUGGAUCACAGCUAUUGCUCAAUUGGUGUGUCCAGAUAGCCAAGGGAAUGAUGUAUCUAGAGGAGCGUAGGCUCGUCCACAGGGAUUUGGCAGCCCGAAAUGUCCUGGUCAAAUCUCCCAACCACAUCAAGAUCACUGACUUUGGGCUGGCUCGCCUGUUGGAUGUCAAUGAAAAAGAAUAUAAUGCUGAUGGAGGAAAGAUGCCCAUCAAAUGGAUGGCCCUUGAGUGUAUUCAUUACAGGAAGUUCACUCAUCAGAGUGACGUUUGGAGUUAUGGUGUAACCAUUUGGGAGCUGAUGACCUUUGGAGGGAAGCCAUAUGAUGGGAUUUCUACAAGAGAUAUCCCAGAUCUGUUAGAGAAGGGAGAGCGUCUUCCUCAACCACCCAUCUGCACCAUUGAUGUUUACAUGGUCAUGGUCAAAUGCUGGAUGAUUGAUGCAGACAGUCGACCCAAGUUCAAGGAGCUGGCUGCCGAGUUCACUCGAAUGGCUCGAGAUCCCCAAAGAUAUCUGGUCAUCCAGGGUGAUGAUCGCAUGAAGCUCCCCAGCCCCAGUGACAGCAAGUUCUUCCAGAGCCUCUUGGAUGAGGAGGAACUAGAUGACCUGAUGGAUGCUGAGGAGUACUUGGUGCCCCACUCCUUCAACAUCCCCCCACUGGCAUACACUCCCCGCACAAGGAUGGACUCCAACAAGAACCAAUUUGGCUGUCAGGAUCCCAGUUUCAGCAUGGAGGAUAUGCUGGCUGCCGUGCCGAGAGUGAUCUCUGGUCCCCCUGUUACUGGAAGCUGCCUCGCUCCACAGGAACUUGCCUCAGGAGGAAAAAUAGUUGGUGGAUUUGGCCGUGGUAGCCAGGAUGACCCCCGCUGUAAUGGCACUCUGAGAAAACAGGCAUCCCCAAGGUCAAGCACCCUUGAGGCUGGCUCAACUCUCACCACAGUGCAAGGCGGAGGUGAGGACAGUAAUGGACAGCGUUACAGCGCCGAUCCCACUGGUCUUUUAUCAGAGCGAGGAGCAAAAGGCAAUGCCAUGAGAGACAAGAGCAAUUCAGAUUAUCUCAUCCCUGUAGAGGAAAACCCCUUUGUCACACGGCGUAGGAAUGGAGAUGCCCACACAGUGAUUGAUGGAGCUAGCUGCCACACUCUGCAUUUGGCUGGAGCCACUGCUGCCCCCAAAAGUCAAUCCACUCAUGGUGAUGAUGAGUAUGUCAACGAGCCACUGUACCUGAAUACCCUCCUCAACACUGGGGCCAAGAAUGGAUUGGCUGGCACAGUCUCCAUCUCUGGCUCCGGAUCCUCUGUUGCACAAUCAGUACUGCAGACAGUCAACCCACCAACAUCAAGCCACACCAUCUCCUCCACUGGAUAUGUGGUACCCCCUGGCCACCUCCCCCACCCAUCGUAUCCAUCACACACCCUGCAUUCGGGGCAUUCAGGACACGCUCUGCACUCAGGCAUCACCAGCGGCACCAUUAUGUUUGAUAAGAAAGGCAAGAAAGCCACUUUUGACAAUCCUGAAUACUGGCAGCACAGUCUCCCUCCCAAGUCCUCACUGCACAACCCUGAGUACCUGCAGGACUGCAGCACACGCUUCUUCUACCGCCAGAAUGGACGCAUUCGCCCUGCUGUGGCUGAAAACCAGGAAUACUUGUCAGAGGCUGCUAUGAAAACAGGCAAUGUAUUGCCACCCCCUCCAUACAGACAGAGGAACACUGUGGUGUAGUGACCCACCUGUAGCACAUUAGCGAUGAAUAGAGGGGUAUGGGUGGGGAUGAAUGGACAGUAAACAGUCCUCACGUUUCCAUGCUGUUCUUCUCAAACUGGGUUCUUCUUUCACCUUUCCUUAACACUUCUCUUUGUCAUGUCUGCUAAUCUUGUAUUCUCACUCACUGGUUUUGCAUUUUCUAUGACAAAACUAUAACAACAUUCACUAACGGCCUCUUUUGUUACUUUGUCCUUGGCCCCUAAAGCAAACACAGACAUCUCUUUGUGGUGUAUUCUGU